AGUGACAGCAGUGACAGAAGAACGAGACGCUUCUGUUUAAUUUAAGCCUUUUUUUCUCCUAAUUCUUCACGCAACAUUCAAAUAAUAAACAUUACUCGAUAACGCACUGACACAGCUAACAUUCAAGAUUGUCUCUGUUUUAUCCCAUUAUGUCACAUUUGUUUAAAUUAUUGAAAGGCAGAGAGAGGAACCAGGAAGUGGCAGCGCUUCCGUGUUGCAGCGCAGCAGAACUCGAAGCUUCUGUGUAGGUUUUUUUUUUUAAUGUUCUUAUGGAAUGAAAUUGUUGGAAAACGCCCCGGGAGCGUGGCCCUGGAUCAUCACUGCCUUGGUGCUUCUUAUCGCAGUGGGGUUCCUGUUUUUGGACGAUCCGGAGCCGAUUAAACACAUCAGGAUGGCGGAGGCGGACUUUAGGACCCUGGAGGAGGACUUCCGUAAACAGAACCGGAGUUGUUUUGUUCUAGGAGCUUCAGGAGAGACUGGGACAGUUCUACUGAAGGAGUUAAUCCAGAGGAACAUCUUCAGCAGAAUCACUCUGAUUGGACGCAGGCAAAUCUCCAUCGAGGAGGACACAGACAAAGUGGUGCAGGAGGUGGUAGACUUUGAGAAACUGGACGAUCAUGCAGCAGUGUUUCAGGGCCAUGAUGUUGGAUACUGCUGUUUGGGGACGACACGAGCCAAAGUCGGACCCGAGAUGUUUGCACGUGUGGACCAUGACUACGUGCUGAAGUCAGCAGAGUUAGCUCGGGCCCGGGGAUGCUCUCAGUUCCAUUUGGAGUCAUCUCGUGGUGCCGAUAAAAACAGCAAUUUCCUGUAUCUCAAAGUGAAGGGGCAGGUGGAGGCUGACAUCGAGGCUCUGGGCUUCGACAGAUUCCUUAUUUACAGACCUGGCGUCCUAUUGGUCGACCGUCAGGAGAGCCGUCCAAUGGAGUUUGUCGCUCGUCAGUUUUUUCGGGCGUUCUCUCCUGUGCUCCCCUCCAUGUCUGUGCCCAUCCAGGCCGUGGCCGUUGCGAUGGUCUCAAACACACUGCUCAAAUCAGACCAAAAGACCGAAAUACUGGAAAACAAAGUCAUCGCUGCCUUCGGAAAACAAAAGGCCAAAUAAACAGAGGGACAGAGGUCUGACAAAGAAGAGAGCAUUUUGUCUCAAAUCUCACUAUUUCUGUGCUAUGAUUUCAGUGCCUGUGUGUGUGUCAAAGGGAAAUGUUUGGGGAUAGGGAUUAAGUUUGCUUUGCUUUUAAUAAAUGUUUCAUGAUGUUGCUUUAAAUUAUGUAUAUGUAUAUUUACGUUUUAAGUAAAAGAAAAAAAGAAAACAUUUUCAAGUUCAUAAAUUGUUGAAUCCGUUUUGUUCAGCUGAAUCAUUUCCUUGUGAUAGGCCCGAGACCUAUCACAGAAGCCAGCACUUAAUGGACCAUAACAAACAUAGCAAUGUUGACAGAUGUAUUUUGGCCUAAUUUUGCAGAAAUACUUUAGAUUAUGCCAAAUGCGCAAAGGGAUCACUUGGUGCAUUUGUGAAGGGAAAGAUGUCUGGUUAAAUCCAGGUUGAGAGAAAAGCACGAAGUUUUAUUAGUUACAUCCAGUGCUCAAAGUGUUUAUUCAGAGGACUAGAUAUCAAUCUGGUGAGGACCAGGCUAACAGUGCGUAAAUUUUAGUCAAAAAUAAACUAAAAUAAAAACAUGUUUUUAAAAAAAUAUAUAUUUUGAUUUGACUGAUUGUAUUACGACCAACUAAAUUAUCUUACAUCCCACUGACUCUUUUCGCACAUUUAUGGUGUUGCUGUGCAAAUAUGGCUGCAGAGAGGGCAUGGUUUUCAUUGUUUUUUUUAUUGUUCAGAAUUACAUAGUGUGAAUACCAAAUUUCAUUAGUCUGACAUAUUUUUUCCAUUCAUUAUGACUCUACAGAGGGCGCUGGAGAGCCAUUUUUAAAAGGUAUAAAUUAAAUUCACACAUCAUUAUGUCCAGAUCAUCAAAAUACACAAACGCUACAUUGGGUCUGUUUAAAUCUGAUGAUGUUAAAAGGAUUUUAUACGUUUUGUUGAGAGCUCAUCAUGACCACACCCUGACACUUAUGUAAAUUCUUUUAACAAGGUUUAACCCCUCAUGUCCUGAUGAUACUGCCUCAGUUUUUUGGAGUCCGUCAGAUCAAAAUGCCUACACGAUAAGUUAUGUGGCUUUGUCACAUUGUGCCCGAUUAUGAAGAGCCUCUGUAAAUUCUUUCACAAGUUCCACAAGUUCACGACAAACAGAUCGGAUAUAUAUAUAUAUAAAUAAAAUUUGAAGGGGGCGCUAUUGAGCCAUCUUAAAAGAUAGAGCCCUAAUUUGCAUGUUAUUACGUCCAGCUCACAAAUGUGCACGCGCGCUUCAUUGGAUCCCUUCAACUCUGACAAUCUUAAAACUUUAUAUUAUCUUAACACCUGAGGAACAGUUGAAACUUCAAAUGUAAGUAGAUGGAUGGAUGGGGGAUAGAUACAUACAUACCCGUUAACUAUAUUAUUUGUUCACAUAUUUAACUGGUUAUUUCCAUAUUUGGUACGUCAUAGAAACUCCUGUUAUUUUUAAUGUGUGGCGCCAUCCAGCGGCCUUCAGCUGAAAGUGCGGGGCCUACGUCCCUGCGUUUUCUUUAGUUUUGUGAGAUUAUCAAUUGUGGUUAAUUUGUUUUAUAAAUUAUUUGUGCAUCACUAAAAAGCUAAUAUCUGACUGACUGGUUAUGUUUUACACAAGUCAAAAUAGCACGUAGUUUUGCACAGUUCAACAGUAUGUACUUGUACAAGUUUUCCAUGUAUAAAUAAAGAUAAAGUUCAGUACAUUAAGUUUU